UGGAAUUUUAGUGUCUAGAUGGAAUGCGAUCAUAAAAUGUUUAGCGCCAAAUUAAGAAUGUUUAUAUUCAAUUGAUUUCUAGCAAAUCUUGAAAGAGAAUAUGUCAACGAUUACUUUUACAAUAAGCAGCAUAUGUAGGAGAAUUAAAAAGGUAUUCGAUAUUGUAAAAGUAGUAGAAAGAUAAAUAGAAGAGUAAUGCGAAUUAAAGGUAAAAAUUAUCAUUGUUUGACGAAUACUAAAUGUGUAUCUAAAAAUCAGAAUAAAAUCGAGUGGCAGACUUAAAUUUACUGCUUUCCCACAGUUUCCGGCGGAUGUUUACCGAAAAACCAAAUAACCAUCUGAAACUAUUGGGAGCUUCUGUGCUCCGAUCAUUUUCCGAUCCACGGCAUGAUGACGUAAAUUUCUCUUCUGGCGAAUUAUUAUUUAUCUAAUCGACAUAAUCAAUGAAUAUCUAAUACGGAUCGGAGUUAGUGGUACGGCGAGAAAAUAGCGCAACGUCGCGAACGGCGUCGGCAGCCAAAAUGUCGGCAGUUUCUCAACUUUGAGCGUACCCUCUGUCAACAUUUACAAAUCUUCAUCGAAGUCAACAUCGAAUCAGUCAAUAAUUAAAUCAUUGAUGAUGUAUGAUCGAUAUUAGAUUCUAUUGAUACAGUGAAUAGUCGGAAUCUUCAGAAUUGCGAAGGACAUGUGACAAGGCGGGUAUGAUUUUACAAAGAAGUUAAAAUGUCUAAUGACAGCAAUCAAUAUUCUCAAUCAGGCAAUUGGGAGACACUUGUCCAACCUGAUAGUGACAGUGAUGAGUCGAUAGUGCAGUCCCGCAGAAGAAAAAAGAUUUCUACAUUCGUUAGUGAAGGUGAAACUAGCGAUGAAGAGAGUGAUGUCCCAAGAUGUAUCGUCCGAAGACAAAACCAUAGAGUUAGUACAGUGGAAGAAUCAGAUUCUAAUACCAGCAAUUCAGAUGAUAGUAAAUAUGAAGUGAGUAGUCAAACAUCAGAGUCGCAGUCGGACUGGAGCAGUUCAUCAGAAGUAGAAAAGCAGUCGCCCGUGAGACGAAAAAUUCUCGGCAAGUCGAGGACCAAAAAGCCUCCAAAAAUUGUGUCGGAGACGGACACAGACAGUAGCGAUGAAGAAGUAGAGAAAUGUCCGAUUUGUUUACUACCGUUUAGAAGGCAGGAAUUAGGCACCCCUUCCUCCUGUGAACACUGUUUUUGUUUAGACUGCUUAAUUGAGUGGAGUAAAAAUAUAAACACUUGUCCGGUUGAUAGACAAACGUAUACAGUAAUUCAUGUCAGAGAUAAGCUAGGUGGUCAGAUUGUAAGAUGUGUUCCAGUACAGGUGGCCCCUCGCGUAGAGGAAAAUCUAGACGAUCUUACGUUCUGCGAAGUAUGCCAUCAUUGUGAUAGAGAAGAUCAUAUGCUUCUCUGCGAUGGCUGCGACUGUGGUUACCAUUUAGAAUGUUUGACUCCGCCACUCAGCGAAGUGCCCAUCGAAGAGUGGUUUUGUCCAGAAUGUUCUCAAAACAGUCAAAGUGAUGCAGAAGCCGUGGAAAUUGAUAUGGACGAAAUCUCAGAUUUAAUGGAAGAAGCUCGAAGACUUGGUGUUUCUUAUGGAAGAACUCGCACUAUACUACAGGAGUCUCAUCCGAGGAUCGUACCUCGUACCAGACAUACCGAACGUGUUAGAGCUACCAUACGCAGGAGGAAUAGACUAGACGAUAACGCUCAAUUAUCUCGUCAACUGAUCAAUGAUCCAAGUCAACCCUCGACUUCAUCUGGUUUCGAAACCCUCGGAGAUAACAGUCAAAGUCGAUCUCCGAGCAAUGCGUCGAACUCUUUAGGUUCGGGCGAACGUUACUGUUCAAAGAAACAUCCUAGGAAAUCGCGGAGAUCUAGAAAUAGUUCCAGUGAAUCUAGCGAUCUAAGUAUCUCCAGAAAAUCUCGAAGAAGAAUCAAUGAUAAAACUAAUUCGAGACAUUCGGACAAGAGUAAGACUAAAAGGAAAAGUACUACUAGCAAAAAAUCUACGGGUGGUUCGAGAAAAAGUAGAACUAGGAAUAAUUCGACGAAGACUGGUAGAUCGAGAAAAAAUUCUAACAGAGGGACGGUGUUAAGAGAAGUUAGAAUUACCGAGCGUAACGAAGACGGAGAAGAAGAAGAAAUUGUAACGUACGUAAAAGUGUCGACAGUGUCUGCUGUCAGAUCACGAAGAAGACGGACGAAAAGAAGAAAGAGGAGAUGUCACAGGCGUCGAGCUCGAACUGUGUCCAGUGUUUUACUCAAUUCCAAAAAGAGGCUUGCGAGGUCUUUGGGUAUUUGUAAACCGGUUAAAGGUGCUUCCCAAUUAAUACCUACUGUUAAGAAUCGUACAACUGGAGAAAGAUCUGCAUUAACCAUUUCUCGACACAACGCUGGAAUUUCAAGACUUAGUCUGUUCGGAGAUGGUUUAAACUUGGAUUAUAGUCCUCCUGGAUCAGAUACGGAGGAUUAUCAUGCAACUGGUCCCACUAUAACUAUCCAAAGGCAUUCUGUGAUUUCUGCUCGGAGGCAUAUGCGUCUAAAAACCGUCGUUACUCCGCAACAAGCUCAAAUCGAUUUGCUAAGUAGCAUAAUAAACGAUCAAGAGAUAUGGCACUCAAAUAAUACUAAUAGCGUAGCUUUAAAAGCUGAAGGACUUGUGUUGCUCAAGAAGAAGGAAGACCCUGGCGACCUGAAGAAAGAGAAGUCAGAGGAGAAUUCGUUACGUAAAAUGGAAGAAACCGAAUCUGUUGUAGAACAUAGAGUAUCUACGAUCGAUGUUCCGUUAGAAGUUUCCAGGAUUAAUCCAGAAUCGAUUACGCAAGCACCGAUGUACAACAAUCCUUGCGGAGGUGGAAACAGGGGCAACUUUAGAGGCGGAUAUAGAGAUAAUACGAGGCACAGUCACGGUGGCCAGAAUUAUGGAAGAGAUUCCUUAGGCGGAGGUGGGAGGCACAGUUACGGAGGAGGUGGAGGCAACUUCGGGAGAGAUUUCGGGCCACCUCCGUUUUACAAUCCGAACUUCGAACACUGUGGCCCUCCAGGUCCCCCGCUUUUUGGCGGCAAUCCCCCAUUCAGAAAUCGGAAUCCUCAACAUUUUAGAAAUGAAAGAUUUCGUUUCAUGCCUCCCAUGAGACCGCAGUUUAAUUUCGCUGAAGGUUUCUCGGAACAUCCUUUCCCGGAAAGGUUCAAUCGUCCUAGAUCCCCGCAACCUCCUGUGGAUCGUCCUCAGAAUAAUAUGCCGCCGAAUCUACCGGAGGAUACUCCGAGGAUCGAUACCGUAGAUCAGCAACCGCAAGAUGCCGAGAACUCCACUGUUAGACAGGAAGAGGAUUGUGACAUUUACUGCGAUAUCGAGACGAAGUCUGACGGAGAACUUCAAGAUCAACAGAAUGGUUCGAUGGCACUGUUACCGCCGCCAGAGCCUCCGUCCGGGCUUUUAGAUUUCGAAGAAAACUCCCGAAGCGAUAAAGACAGUGAUCAAGAACUAGUUAUCGACGAUAGUCAGAAGGAAGAUACUCCAAAAAACGAUAAAUACGAUCCUUUCUCGGUGGACAGUGACACUGACAGCGAAACGAAGAAGAACGAUGAGGUCUCUGAGGAAAAAGUUGAAGAACAGCCUGUGCAAUGCACGAAACAACCAGAAACAACGACUCCGGGUACGUCUGUUCGAUUACCAGCUUAUGAGGAUGAGGACGAUGAGGAUUCUCAAGCCGACUGUCCGAACUUCUCUAUUUACUCGUCCCAAACCAUAGACGUAGCACGGCAUACGCAGCAGCAGUUGUCUCAACAAAUAGGACCUCUCGAACCACCUCCUUUACCUCCUUCGAUCCCAGACGAUGACGACGUCAUCGUCGGCGAUGUUCAAGCCUGCGAUCUCGCGGAUAUACCGGAACCCUCGGACCCGUAUGUUGAAGCAUUGAGAAAGGAAAGGCGAACUUUAAGUAAAAUACCGCCGAAGAAAAUUUCUCACGACAGCAGAGGAAAGAUUACGUUCAAGAUCGGUACUAAAUUAAAGAUUAAUAACAGACUGUUAGGACUGCAGGAGGAAGAGAAAGAGAACAACGAUGAGAAGAAAAAAGAAGCUGAGCCUGCAAGAGACGAAGAAACCUCCGUUGAUCGCGAGGAAGAACGAAUGAAAAUCGCUAAAAGCAGAUUCGAGGAGGAGAUGCAAUUGAAGGCAGAGAAAGAAGAUUCGGGAGAGCCUAUGAUAUCUGCGGACUCGCUGAAAGAAGACGAUACGAAUGAAGAAGAAAAAGAGGAGGAAUGUAUGCCACCUAAGCACGAAGGGGUAGAAAAGGAUGGAAGCGUAGUUGUCCCUUCAGAAGUGACUGAAUCAUUGGAUAAAAAAGUAGAAAACGAAUUGAGUAGUGAGUGUCUGUCGGAUGAAGGAAGCGAGACCUUCGCGUUGCUUCGUAAGACACCGAAAACGGAUAUCGAGGAAGAAGAUUCGAAGGAUGUUUCAAAAAUUGAAGAGGCUCACGAUGAAAUGAAGAUGAAGGAACCUCGGGAUUUUGAUAGUGACAAGGAUGAUAAAGAUGGCAAAGAGCAACAGCAUGUUGUGGAUGAAGAGGAAGAGGAUGAGGAUGACGAGGAAGACGACGAGGAAGAUGAAGAAGAGGAGGAGGAACGAUUUCCUAUUGAAAAAGAGAAGUCGAGUAAAAAAGUGAUCGAAGAGGAUGAUAAGAAUACAUGGGAUUCAGAUGGGGCUUAUACUCCUUGCAAAGACGAACUUCCGUUAAGGGAAUCGAAAUCUUCUGAACAUUUGCCACCUAUCGAAAGCGGUUUAGAACCGAUCACGCCGACGAAGGAUAAACCUGACGAUUUGGACAGCUGCAGAACUCCGGUGGAUUACACUGUCCUGGGUACAGAAGCUAUUUCAGAGACGGACGAGGCAAUGAAUUUCGAGGACGAGUUGACAUUAUUAAGCUUGCGAAAAGAGAAAGAAAUGGAGGAUGGAGAGAUUGUCGAGGAGAAAAACGUGAAAGAGGGCGAGAAAGCUGAUAAAGAAAAAGAGGAUGAAAAGAAACGGAAGAAAAAGGAGAAAAAAGAAAAGAGCAAGGACACUGAGAAGAACAAGGAAAAUAUUGCUUCCGAGAAUCAAGUAGCCUGGAAGAAGUUGUCGAAAAGUACAAAAGAGAGAUCCUACAGAGACAAGGAAAAAAGAUCGAAAUCGAAAGAAAAGGAGAAGGAAAAACCGAAAAAGAAGAAAGAGGUUGUGAAGAAGAAAGAAAAGAGGAAAGAAUUGCCCAGAUACGACGUUCGAAAAAUAGUUGCUGAAAGGCCCUCUAGACCUAGGAAAGACGAAUACGGGAGGGAUAUCAGAGAAAAGUCAAGACAAAGAAGCAGAUCUAGGAGUUGUACGUCCUCGAAACGUUCCAGAUCUUAUUCCAAAAUUCGAUCCAGGAGUAGAUCUAGAACCAGAUUGCAGAGAUCUUGGUCCAGAGAUCGUAGAUCGUAUUCUAAAUCCCUGUCCAGACGAAGAUCUCUUUCCCGCAGCAGACGCAAAUCGCCAAAGAGGAGGUCAACUUCUAGAAGAAGAUCUUCUUCAAGGAAACGAUCGCUUUCUAGGAGGAGGUCGAGAUCCGUUUCUCGAAAGCGAAGAUCCCUCUCAAGAAGAAGAUCUAGGAGAUCGAUCUCGCGAUCGAGAAGGUCUCUGUCAAGAUCUAGACAGAAGAGAUCUGUAUCGAGAUCCAGGAAAUCUUUAUCCAGAUCUCGCGACAGACGUAAAGACAAGAAAAAGUACAAAUCUCGUAGCAGAUCGAGAAAUAGGAAGAGGACUCGAUCGAAAUCGCCUAGAAAAUCCUCCAAGUCCAGAGAAAGGAAACAUUCGAAGAGGAAAGUGCAGAGUAGGUCGAGAUCGAAGGGAAGGUCCUGUUCUAGGAAUUGGGAGCAGGUCGAAAAAGUCGUGGAACCAGAAUUCCCGAGGGAAAGAGAAGAAAGGGAAUCUUGGAGUGCUCAAUGGACACCGUCUUGGUCGAGGUCCAGAUCGAAAACACCGCCGCACGUGCAGCAAGAACCAAUCGCUUCCAGAGAAUGGUCUCCGAUACUGGAUGACGUUUCAGUACCACCGAAAAAUUUGACUGUAAUAUUAACGAAUAAAGAAGCUAUUAAGAAGAAGAAGAAAGAACGUAGGAAGGAGAGUAAGAAAGCGAAAGAUGAAAAGAAGAGGAAAGCAAAACGCAACAGGACUCCGCCACCGUCGAAAGAGGUCUUCGCUAGUGGAGAUAACAUCUUGGUCAGCGUGUGUUUUAAUAAAGAUAACGAGACCGAUCAAGCUCCAGUUCCGGAACUACCAGAAACGAUUCCUCUGAUUCCACCUUUGAAACGACGUCGUAGAGAAUCGCUCCAAACAGAUCCGCCUAAACGUUCGAAGAAAGAGAAGUCAAAGGACAAGCGUUCAAAGUCUCCGAAGCCUAAAAAAGACAAGAAGAAGAAGUCCAAAGCUGCCGAGAUCGCGGCCACGAAGAAACCGGUUGCGGUUAUCGAUUUAGAUCAGUCACCGUUCCGAGAACAAACACCAUCUCCUAGAGACGUGAUAGUCCUCAGCGACGAUGAUGAUAAGCAGAUACAACAGAACACUCCGGAUCAGUGUCAACCGUCUCAAAAUUCUCCACUGCGAGAACAAUUUAUCUCUCAAGGCCCAAAAACACCGCCGGAACCGCAAAUAAAAUUUUCGAUAAACAAGCAGGCCAGUAAUCUACGGCCGUCGAUGUUGAAUCCACUUUUAGACGAAGAAGAAGAAGAAGAGAUGGAUGAAAGGGUCGAGGAAGAGUUGGAGAUGAGAGCACAAGAGGAACUAGAGUUAAGAUUGAAAAUCGGACCAAACACGCCUCCGGAACCUCCGACGUCUCCGCCGACUAGCCCAGAUGCUUACGAUCCGUUCGAUCCAACCAAGUCCAGAUCGCCGACACCGGAUGCUAGCCAGGAGGCGAACUCCGGCGACGAGAGAAGACGGUCCCCGAGGAAACAUGAUUCUGUGGACGGAAAUAUUCUUGAAGAGGAGAAUAUGCAAAGUCAGGAUAGGCAGAGUCAGGAGAAGCAAGUGGAAAAACCUAAGAUUAUUUCUAUGGUCACUAUUAAGCGAGCCUCGCCGCAAAGAGAUGAUAUGAAUGAGAACGAAAGUAACAAGGAUACCGCGGCCUCCACCGGAAGCCUGGAGGCGCAACAGAAUCAACAAAACAUACAAAACCAGAGUAAUCCCUUCGGGGUAAUGAAUCCCGUACUGGCUACGGUUGCUGCAGCGGUGCAGAGAAGCGGAGCGUUUAAUGCGUCAAAUUCAACGAGUAGUCAACGUAAUCUGUUACAGUCGAAUCGAAUUUCACCAAGUAAUCAACAGAAACAACGUUCCGGUGAUCGUUCUCAGGCACCCCCGGUCUUCGCUAAUUCAGGGAAAUCAUCGAGGAGCUCCAAAUCCGGUCAAGCGAAGACCAACGGGCAAAACGGAAACGAUGCUGGCGCGGAAACGACCGACAACGUGGAUAUGUCUUCCCCCUACUCGCCUGGAUCAACGCUCAGCGACGGAAUGUUCGAUCCACCGAGUCCUACGAAUUUUAAUAAUUCGCCCGGCGCUUCCGGACCAGGAACCGCUACCUCCGGACCUGCUGGAGGAUCUCAGCCUACGAAGAACAGCAACCCGAAAGCGGGAAAAGCAACGGAGAAGAAGGAUGCCUUCGACGCUCUUUUCAAUGCUCCACCGCCCACGAAAACUGCCAGCAAAUCCAAUAGAAACAAGAAGGUUGAGAAGGAUAAGAAAAAGAAAUCCACCAACCCGAAGGUCGGUGUUAGGAUGGACGAAAAUCAGCUUCAAAUAUUGGACGAUCUUCCGAGCUCCGCGGUGGAGAUGCAAGUCAAGGAUAAGUUCCUAAAGAAAUUAAAUCGUCAAGAGCGAGUAGUCGAGGAAGUCAAAUUAGUCCUGAAGCCACAUUACACGAAGAAACAUGUGACAAAAGAAGAGUACAAGGAUAUCAUGCGGAAAGCAGUACCUAAGAUAUGUCAUAAUAAAACGGGAGAAAUCAACCCGAAAAAAAUUGCCCACUUAAUAGAAGCUUAUGUGAAGAAAUGCAGAAGUAGUAAAAAGAAACCUACUGAGAGUUCCUCCGCAAAGGCCCCUAAACCAGCGAAAGUUUUGUGGAGUUGAUCACGAGUCAGCUAGUGUCCAUUCAAUUCCCUUCAAUUUUGUAGUUCAGAUGAUCGUCGUGCUCGUUAAGCGGUGAGUGAGCUCCGAGACAGCUAAGUCUCCCCUUCGAUGAUGCGAUGUAUCUUGUAUUCUCUGUAAAUACGUGGUCGAUUGGUCGAUUGGUUGCUUGCUUGAUUGAUUGAUCGAUUAAGGAUACCAUUUAUUAUUUAUAUAAACAAUGCCCUUUAUCUCAUCAGGGAAACUUAUUGUCUCUACGGAAGAUCCACUAUAUUGCAUUAUUACUACUUGUUCUUUUUUUUCAUUGUUUCCUAUAUCUGUAAAAUUAAUUGUAGUUUAUAUGUCAUGUUUUAGAAUUUGUAAACAGUUAGUAAUUGAGUGCAGAACUAAUUUAACAACUUUCUGUACAUAUAUACAUUUGAAGUCUUAACAAUUUAUAAGUUAGCUAAUUGAAGAUGAAUAAAAUGAAAUGUGCAAAUAGAAUGGAUUUUCAUUUAUUUUUUUUUACAAGUUACGUCUGUAUUUAAUAC